CCUCAAUUACAUCCAGCAGGAAUCGACUGAUACCAUAUAUAGGCUUUUCCUGCUCGCACUCCUCCAGUCCAUCCCCUCCACCGUUGUGGUGGCCCUCGUGGAGAUUCACUCACCAUUGCCAUCAUUGUUACUUAGGUAGUUCGAGGAUUUGACAUUGCGUGCGCGUAAUGGUAGUUGGGUUCGUGAUGCAUGAAGUGAGGGAUGAGAUUGGAGGAAUUUCGGCUCCGCUCUUGCGUGAGGAGAAAAGAAAAUGAUGUUGAUACUUGAUAGGGUUUCUUUCGGCGCUCCCACCAGGAUUAGUUUUGGGUUGGGAUUUUGCUUAAUUAAGAUAAUAAUUAGGCCAAGGGUAUUUUAGCAUUUGUACCAAAAUUUAUCGGCCGGGUGUUACCAUUAGGAUUUAGGAACCAAAUCGUCAAUAUCCUAAAGUUCAGUGAUGUAAUGGUGACUCAAGCCAGCAUCGUCCUGCCACCAGCGAGUCGCGGAGCGCACAACGAAUAUAUUCUUUUUAAAGAGCAACCAGGAGAGAGGAAGAUUAGCUUCAACCGCCGGCAGACAUGUCGAGAGCUCGAGUUUACGCUGACAUCAACGUUCAUCGGCCCAGAGAGUACUGGGACUACGAAUCUCACACCGUUCAGUGGGGUGAUCAGAAUGACUAUGAGGUUGUUCGAAAGGUUGGGAGGGGGAAAUACAGUGAGGUCUUCGAAGGUGUCAAUGUCACGAAUAAUGACAAGUGCGUUAUCAAAAUCCUGAAGCCUGUCAAGAAAAAGAAGAUAAAGAGGGAGAUUAAGAUCCUGCAGAACCUCUGUGGAGGGCAGAACAUAGUGAAGCUGCUCGAUAUCGUCAGGGAUCACCACUCAAAAACCCCGAGCCUGAUUUUUGAGUAUGUGAAUAGUACAGAUUUUAAAGUUCUGUACCCAACAUUCACGGACUAUGACAUUCGCUACUAUAUAUAUGAGCUUCUUAAGGCACUAGAUUACUGCCAUUCCCAGGGCAUAAUGCAUAGAGAUGUAAAACCGCACAAUGUGAUGAUUGACCAUGAGCUGCGCAAAUUACGGUUGAUAGACUGGGGGUUGGCGGAGUUCUACCACCCUGGCAAAGAAUACAAUGUCAGAGUAGCUUCUAGGUAUGUGUUUUAUACUUAUGAAGAUCUCAAGAACUGAACUAUAUGUUCAAGUUAAUCAUUAGAUGGAAGUGGGUGAUCAUUUAUUCAAUAGUAGGGUAUUUUGCCUUACCAUUUUGAUGAGACAUUUCUAAUCAUGUGGACUCUUAUGUCAUCUUGGGACAGUAGGGACCAUUACUCUGGCUCGAUGUGUUUUAA